CGAAUGAUAUUUGAUAAACCGGAACCACGUGUUAACAGUAGUAGACAGAAUGUGUAAUUGCUGCAAAUGUAUUUUUAGUUGCUGGGAAGACUUUUAUUGGAAUUGUAUCGAGGAGAAAUUCUGUUUCGAUGAAUCGUUGGUUAACUACGAUCCGGAUGAGGAUGAGCAUGCGGCCAAGAACAAGAACAAAAACGGUUACUACGGUAGUCCGUCGGGCGACUCUGGAGAGAACAACAAUGCACCGAUCUGCCGGCAGCCGGGUGUUUCGUCUGGAGCAAGCAUUACCCGCAAUAUGUCGAUGAGUUCCAAAAUACACGAGGACGACUUGCGCCGCGAAAUCCAAACGAACGUUCCAAUGCUCGCACCGGAAGUGAUGGCCAUCUUUGCUAAUUCGCAAAUUUUCCAGUCCAGCGCACCACCGAAGCAGCAAACGUCAAAAGCGACCUCACCGGCGUCGGUGAAGUUUGCCAUUUCCGAUUCCGGUUCACCGAUCGAGGUGACACCGGUGGCGUCUACUGCCGCGGGCAAGCGGUCCACCGAUGAAGCCACGUCGCACGAGGAUGGUGGUACCGGUGGCCGUGAACUAAGCUCCGAUAAGCUACUGCAGCGGCUCGAAGGUACCACCAAUGGCAGCAUGUCAGACGAACGUGACAACCGUGUCGUCGUUAUUCCAGCUAUCGUUGAGGAGGAAGAUACAUCCGACGAGCAGCAGGAGGUUGUGUUGCGACCACCGCGCAACUUCUCCGAACUUAGCCUAUCAAAGUCGAAUGCGAACAACAAGAUUGGCCUUCUGCCGGCAGAAUUGCCAUACUUUUCGAUCCGUCCGGCCAGUGAGAAUGAUAUCUUUACAAUAUCGUCUGGGGCUGGUGGUGGCGGCACUGGUGGCAGUGGAGGAGCAGGAGGUGUCGGAGGUAGUGCGUACAACUCCAUCAGUAUGACACCCGAGGUUCCGGCUAUCUCGUAUUCGAACCUGCCGAAGAACUACCUAGAGACGCCCGUCAUAGAGAAGUACCGUGAAUCGGUCAGCCUUUACUCGAUCCAAACGGCCGGUAUUAACAGACAGUCGCAGACGGACGAUCUUUCCAUGCCGCGGUACUAUGGCAAAUCGGAUCUGUUUGUGUCGGGAAUCGAUCGUGCUAAUAGUCGAAGUGCUGAUGCGGUGGAGAUGGGACGCUCGGAUGACGGGAGUGGUUCACUGUCGCUUAGUAGCAGCUCGUUGGCAAAGGGUCGCUCCAGAAACGUGGAACGCAGCAAGCGAUUGAUGAAUCUGAGGACGGCACUGCCUCCGUUGAAUUUGGGACUCGUGCGUGGCAGUUCGGCAUCAAAUUUGCGCGAUCGGCGGGAGGAUCGCGAAUCACGCGAGCGUGACAAAUCGGUCAAGAGUAAGGAUGGACUGCGUGUUUAG